CACUCAUUCAUUCAUUCGCUCGUUCUUUUUUGUGAAAAAAGUGCGUGUUCCUGAAAAUCUGAAAAUAAUCCUGUAUUCCUGAAAUUGCCCUUUAAUUUGAGAAGUAAUCUUUAUUUUUUUACUGCUGUGAUACAAACAGGCAUCAGGUUAUUAUGUUACUCAACAAAACCAGCAGAUUGGUGGGUGUGACGAGUCGGGCUCGCAAGUCCAACAUGGAGAAUAAUAAUACGUCGGACAUUGUUAUUUUGAGUGGCAAUUCGCACCCCGAAUUAGCAGACUUGAUCGCGAACCGCUUAGGUGUACGUAAGGGAGGGUGUUCGGUUUACCACAAAACUAACAGAGAGACGAUGGUAGAGAUAGCUGAUUCAAUUCGUGGCAAGAACAUCUAUAUUGUACAGACUGGCACCAAAGAUGUAAACAACAACAUUAUGGAGCUCUUGAUUAUGGCUUAUGCUUGUAAGACUUCAUCGGCAAGGUCAAUUGUAGGUGUGAUUCCGUAUCUGCCAUACAGCAAGCAAUGCAAGAUGAGGAAGAGAGGUUGCAUCGUCACCAAGCUGCUGGCAAAAAUGAUGUGCAAGGCCGGCUUGACACAUAUCAUCACCAUGGAUCUGCAUCAGAAGGAAAUCCAGGGAUUUUAUGACUGUCCUGUGGACAAUUUGAGGGCUUCACCAUUUUUAUUGCAGUAUAUUCAAGAAAGUAUUCCAGACUACCGCAACUCUGUGAUAGUGGCUCGUAACCCUGGUUCUGCGAAGAAGGCGACGUCGUACGCUGAACGGUUGCGGCUGGCCAUUGCUGUCAUACACGGUGAACAAAAGGAAGCAGAAAGUGACGAAGUGGAUGGACGUUAUUCGCCCCCUUGUAUACCCAGUGUGGACAGGUCACGUACCAUGGAUGUAUCUGUUGGAGUUCCAGUACACCCAGCUAAGGAGAAGCCGCCUAUCAAUGUGGUCGGCGACGUCGGUGGCAGAAUAGCCAUUAUGGUGGAUGACAUGAUCGACGACGUGCAGUCGUUCGUCGCCGCCGCUGAAGUUCUAAAGGAAUGUGGUGCUUACAAGAUUUAUGUCCUGGCCACACACGGCCUGCUGUCCUCGGACGCUCCCCGCCUCAUCGAGGACUCUCCCAUUGACGAGGUAGUGGUCACAAACACUGUCCCGCAUGAGCUCCAAAAGAUGCAAUGCCCCAAAAUCAAAACCAUCGACAUAUCCGUGCUACUCAGCGAGGCCAUCCGCCGCAUCCACAACAAAGAAUCCAUGUCGUAUCUCUUCAAAAACGUCACCCUUGAAGAUUAGUUUUUACCACUUUUCCAUUUUAAUUAUAAGUAUUAUAAGUAUUUGGGUCCUUUAUUAGAGUUUUAUAAUUUGAUACCUAUAUUGUCACCUUGUAUUAUACAAACUAAGUAUUGAAGCAACUGUAUUUUUAUAGUAUUAUAAAACUAUUCAUGUUUGUAUUAAAAACUCGCUUAUUAGAGGGUUCUAAUCAAGGACAAGCAUUUAAUUUUAUGAAUUCCCUUAUUGCAUUAUUCCUUUGUUGGGUAAUUAAUUGGUAGUAUUUGUAUGGUCAUAGUAAAACCUUGGUAUGUAGUUCAAAUGAAAAAUGUGAUUAUGAAACAAAUUUACACAUUGGUGGUUACACAUUGAUGUAUGUUAUCUAAAUUUAUAUUUUAUUGAUGUGUUUGUUGAAAGUUUGUCCAUAGCUUUUGUGAAUAAUGUUAUGUUGUAUAGUCUCAAACAUAGUAUAUUUCUAAUUUUAAAGAAAUUAAGAUUUGUAACUGUGUUAGUGAUUGUACGAUACACUUAAUUGCACCGUGUAAUGUGAAUUUAACAUAUAAUUGUAUAGACUAGUUAUACAGCCAUAAAAUGUGUAUCUUUUUGUUAAAAUGUAAUAAAUAGUUUGUGGCA